GCAGGAGUGGUUUUUCUUUUUUCCUCCACUGCAGGAAGACUGCAGUUAGUCGGUUCGGCAUCCACGGUGAGCGGCGAGAGGUUGUAUUACAUCCAUCCGGUGUCGACAGUCAGCGCGAAUCUAUCACCUAGAUCGACAGCUUUGGAUUUCCAAAUUAAACUCCCGUGAUGGCUGCGUAUAAACUGGUGCUGAUUCGCCAUGGAGAGAGCAACUGGAACCAGGAGAAUCGCUUCUGCGGCUGGUUCGAUGCGGAUUUGAGUGACACCGGUAGCCAGGAGGCAAGGAAGGGAGGAGAAGCGCUUAAAGAGGCUGGGUAUGAGUUCGACAUCUGUUACACCUCAGUCCUCAAAAGAGCUAUUCGUACCUUAUGGAUUGUGAUGGAAGAGAUUGAUCAGAUGUGGUUACCAGUAAUUCGUACAUGGAGGUUAAAUGAGCGCCAUUAUGGUGGACUCACUGGUCUGAACAAGUCUGAAACGGCUGCCAAGCAUGGUGAAGCACAAGUGAAGAUCUGGAGGCGUUCAUAUGAUAUUCCUCCUCCCCCCAUGGAUGCAGACCAUGACUACUACACCGAAAUCAGUAAGGACCGACGUUAUGCAGACCUUACAGAGGACCAAUUGCCUUCUUGUGAGAGUUUGAAAGAUACCAUUGCCCGUGCUCUUCCAUUUUGGAAUGAGGAAAUUGUACCUCAGAUCAAGGAGGGAAAGCGUGUCUUGAUUGCUGCCCAUGGAAACAGUCUGAGAGGCAUUGUCAAGCACUUGGAGGGAAUGUCCGAGGAAGCAAUCAUGGAGUUGAACCUGCCAACAGGCAUUCCUAUUUUGUACGAGUUGGACAAGAACCUGAAGCCUGUGAAGCCUAUGCAGUUCUUGGGUGAUGAGGAGACAGUGCGCAAAGCAAUGGAAGCAGUGGCUGCUCAGGGCAAGGCCAAGAAAUAAAGGACAGCGUUUACUAGUAGAAAUGAUAGGAACAGGCUUUUACAGGUGCUGAGUUGCAACUCUGCUUUGUAAUGAAUCAAUAACUUGAUGCAGAUUGUUGGGCUGACUUGUGUGUUACAGUUAUUGAUUUAAUUUUUCCUCCCCUAAAACUUAAUUUAAUAAAAUUAAUAUCAAAUCACUAUUUACAACAGGGACCACAAACUUGAAUAUGUGCUGUUAGUAAAAGCUGCUACUUUUAUCCACUGCUGUCUGCUGCAUCAACACUCACUGUCAUGUCUAUUGAAUGAUUCAGAAUAAUUAAUGUCUAGAGUUACACAUAAUAUGACACUGUUUAUCCUCAAAUUAGGACCAAACAAAUGUAAUGAAAAAUUGCCCAAACGUACAUUUCAGUAAGUAUACAUUGUAUAUGUUGGACAAUGUUUGUAACAUUUUCUUUUGUGAAUAAUUAUAUAUUCAUCUUUUAUUUGUUGUAAGCUCAGCCCUGCUGAAUUCCUGCACCUUAAAAUAUAAUUUCUGAUUUAGUGGAGUUGUAAACAUCACCAAUAACCUGUCUAGUACUUCUGCUAUACACACAGAGUGCUGCUGCCUGUCUAGGUAACUUGCCCAAAGUGUAUGUAGUUUUAAGUAGAGCUAACAUGGUAAGAGUGCGCGUGCGUGCAUGGUAAAGUGAACUUCUGUUGUAUACAUCUUCCACAGGGUGAGUAUACAAGCCUUUAACAGAUACUGUAAUUAUAUGACUAUAUGGAUAAAAAAGUGUUAAGCCUAGCCCUAAACUAGGAUUCCUGUGCAAACAACAUACUAUUGCAGUCGCACCAAUCCACACCAUAAUUAAUUUAUCUUUCAUAUAAUUUGUGAAGUCCACCAUGACUCAUUGCAAUGCACUGUUUUUGAACAUUGAAUCCUCUGUGCAGAUUUAUUAAAUGUGUCUUGUGCA